AAAUUGAAUUUUUAUGCUUUCAGAUACUUAUGUUAUGCUUGUGUUACUUAUGAGGGAAGUAUCCUGUAAAAGAUCAAUGGUGAUUGAAUUAAAUAGCAAAUUUAUCCAGCCCGAAGUUAGAAAUGAAGGAUCAUGGCUAAUAGAAUUCUAUGCACCAUGGUGUGGUCACUGCAAGCAAUUUUCUACAACGUAUGAGCACAUAGCUGAUCGACUCCAUGGCAGUCCAAUAAAGGUUGCCAAAGUAGACGCUACAAAAUACACAGAUGUGGCAAAGGAAUUUGGUAUCAGUGGCUUUCCAACUGUAAUACUUGUGAAACAGAGCAAUGUCUACUUUUACCAUGGAGCGCGAACAAAGCUUGAUGUUAUUGACUUUGCGUACAGAGCAUUGGGGCCAGCGCUUAGGCAUUUGGACUCUGAAGACAAGCUGGAGGAUGCACGGGAGAAGCACUUUGAAGGUCAUUUCUUUCUUUACGUUGGGGAGGAAAAUGGUGAUCUCUGGGACACAUAUAGCAGCGUUGCAACGAAACGAAUAGCUGAUAGCUACUUCUACUACAUGUCAAAAGAGAGGUUGCCUAAAUCUGUGCCAUUGGAAUCCAUUCCUACUGUGGUUGUAUUUAAAGAUGACAACUAUUAUUGGCUAAAUGAAUCGAACAAGAAACCGUCAUUGGAUUCGCUCGACAAAUGGGUCAUGUCAGAAAGAUUGCUCUUGUUUCCUGAGAUUUUGAACGGAAAUCUCCACGAGUUUACAUUUCCAGGAAAGAAUAUAGUCAUUCUUGUCAUCCAGAAAAACUUGAUUGGCAAAAUGGUAAAGGCUGAGAGAAAGGUAUUUGAUAGAAUGAACGAGAUUGCAGAAAACAACAGAAAGAUGCACAAAGAUGCCUUCCAGUUUGGAUGGGUGGAUGGGUCAGAGCUUGUAAACACUAUAGUGAUGCAUUUCGUGAACAUACCUGGACUAGUUGUCCUGAACUCAAAAACGUAUCAGUACUACGAGCUUCGUGGAAACCUAACAGAGAUGGAGACCAAUGAUAUUCAGUUAUUCCUUGACAGCAUCAUUGAUGGAACAGCAGUGGCAUAUGGAGGCAAUUCCAUUUUUCACAGAAUACAAAGAAUGUUUUUUGAAAUUUAUUCCACACUGAUUAAAAUGUUCACGCAUCAGCCGCUUGUGUCUUGUGUAUUGCUGGGAUUACCAACCAUGAUUCUAUCAUUCAUCUGUUACAACAUCUGCUGUGCAGAAGUAUAUGACGACGAGCAAGAGGCCGAGAUGGAGGAUGAACGCCUGGAAAGGGAGGAAAUAUACAAGAACCACGAGAAACAAGAAUGAUUGUCAAACACAUGGAUUUGUGCAAUUGUACCUUGUGAUACCAUUCCACAUUUUUCUAUCCACACAGCAGCAUUACCAAAAUAUGUGAGGUCAAGCAAAUACUGAAACAAUAUUUCACUAACAUAUGCUGGUAGCAUAACCUGACAUGGCCACUAAGACAUGGUUGUGUAGAUCCAUCAUUUCAGAAAGUAGAUGCAAAGUCAUUAUAGAUAUUUUAAUCUGAUUCAUUAAAAUAUUGGUGCUACAAUUUCCUAGUCUCCCAAACAAUCAAACAAUUAUUGCAUAGGCUGCUCUUUACUUGAUAUCUCUCUAUAAUUGCAUUCACAGUAGGUUCACCAUGUUUUUCAUAAUACCUAAUGUGAAUACAUGAAGCAUUUACACCUUGGUUAAUAUAGAGGGUUCCGCGAAUUGCACUAAAGACUUUGGUAGUAAAUACAUUUUGUGUUUAUUUACCUUUUUUUUUAUUGAGACGUUCCAAGUGCCUGUGGGUCUGCACAAUCAUCUCGAACUCUAGCACACCAAAACCAGCUGAUAAACCUGUCUGCAAAAUCGGGAUCCACUUACUGCUAAUAUCUAUUGCAAUAAUAACACUAUAACCA